AAUAUAUAUAAAAAAUCAGCCGCUGACAUGGCGUCAAUCAUGCAAUCCGAAACAAAAGUACACCUCCAACCACCAAUUGCCACAUAACGCGAAAAUGGAAAUGUUCUAUCUCUUUUGGUCAAUCCUAUCAACCUUUUUCACUUCCCUCGCUUUCUCCCUCCUCCUCCCCUUCCGCUUCCUACUCCCGCGCCAGCGCCGCCCGCCUCCGCCCUCCACAACCGAAAAUGAACACGUUUCUCUUUACGAGGGCACCGUAUGGCACGAGCGUCGCCGCCCCGUCCGCCACUCUUUCCGGUACUCUGUCCGCUACGCUCUCUUCGACCUCGAUCACGCUCCCAACGCGCCACCUGACCACCUUUCCGCCAACGAGGCUCGUAGGAUUGCCGAAACCACCGGCCUAGUUUUUCUACUAACAAUUCCUCCAAGCGUGGGAUAUGAACAAAAUCCGUUGAGUUUAUAUUAUUGCUAUGAUUUGGAGGGAUCCACUAAGCUUUUGAAGAAGUGCAUUGCUGAGGUAACAAAUACACCGUGGGGCGAAAGAGUUAGGUUUGUCUUCGACCCAAAUUCUGAUUUAGUGGCCAAACCACUGCAUGUGAGCCCUUUUAUGGAUAUGCGCGGGAAUUGGAGUGUUAAAGUAAAUGCUCCUGGGGAUAAUUUACUAGUUGCAAUUUCUGUCCAACAUCCCGAGCUUGGUGACUAUUUUCUGGCUACCUUGAAAGCUAAAAGAAUCUCCCCAGCAUUGGUGCAUGAUCAUGCACUAUUUUUCUGGUUGAUGCCUCAUAAGGUUGCCUUGUGGAUAUAUUGGCAUGCUCUAAAGCUAUGGUGGAAAAAUGUGCCAUUCAUACAACACCCAAGGUACACUAACCCAUCAUACAGGGAGGAAGCUUUGAAGCAUGAUAGAAAACUGCAAUGCUGUCCAGCAGUGGGAGAGAAGAAAGAUGAAUUCAUGCAGGUUGGAGGAAGUUUUCCAGGAAUUGUGGCUGAGAGAAAUCAUGGGGAACGAUUGUUUGUAUGGAGAGAUGCUAAGUGGCCAUGGACUUGAAUGCCAUGAGUGAGCUUUUGUUCUUGGCCGUGUAUGUAAGCUGACUAUUUCCCCAUUAGAAUGAAGUGUUGAUGGAGCAUGAAACUCCUUGCAAAUUUGUCUCAAGGAGCCAUAAACUUAACAAAUUACAUUCAUAUUGGCCGGUAAGUAGCUUCAUCAAGAUGUGAUGUGACCAUUCCUUGCAGUUAUCCUGCCGAAAGCAUCAAGAUGACGGAUGAUAUGUUAUUCCGUAAAUGUUAAGAGCCUCCCCCCAACUCUGGAUCCCGCAGUCAUCUUUUGCCAUCCGCAUGAACAAUGGCACGUUCUUGCAAAGCAUGUUACUCAUCUUUUGAAAUGAAUUAGGCAUGGCUGGUAUCUGGUUGGUCGAAUUGCAGAUGGAAUUCUUGCUUUAUAAACAUGUUCUCUUACCUUAAAAACGGGUGGAGAUGUGAUUUUGCAUUAUUCAAUGUAUGUAUCAUCCACAAUUGAAAGCUUUGUAAAGAUUUGUUAGGUUGAA